GGAGAGGAGAGGGAGAGGGCCAGCUAGGAAAGCUAGGAAGAGUGUCUGGUAGCCUGGAAUCCCUUGAAGAGAGCUAGCAGACGAGAGAGGUCUUAGGAAGCUGAUGAACUAAAAAGAGUAGGGGAGACUGAGACUGACCGGUAGCUAGCUAGAAAGACGGACGCAUGCCCGGACAGACAGAAGGCUCUGGAGAACCGAUAGGUUCAUUUUGCCUUUCUUUUUGAAAAGCAGGAUUUUGAUUUUUUCUGUGGCGCCCAAGAGAGAAUGCUGGACUCUGCUACCUUCAGCUCAAGCUAAGAUUUCUCAGUUAGGGAAGAAAGAUCAGCCCAGUCCCAAGAGGGGGAGGGAAGCAAAAGCCCCUGCCUCCAACCCCCUUCCCUCCCCCGGACCAAACUCGGGGACCAAACCCAGACCUCCCUAACCAUCUGACUUCCUCCUUUCCUUUUUAGCAUGGUGGCUGUAUGGACAGUCUGACAGAACAGAGAUUGACAUCUCCCAAUCUGCCGGCCCCCCACCUGGAACACUACAGUGUUCUGCAUUGCACCAUGACCCUGGAUGUGCAAACUGUAGUCGUUUUUGCUGUGAUUGUAGUCCUCCUGCUUGUCAAUGUCAUACUCAUGUUUUUCUUGGGAACGCGCUGAAUGGAGCCCAGCCUCCUGAGCUGUUGCGAACUCUCACUUUGAUUUCAUCCCAAGAGCCUCUGAGGGGGGAAAAAAUCAAGAGAGACAGUUUGAGACAGGGAAAGAGAGGGAGAGAAAGAACAAGCUUUCUUACUCAGGGGGGAAAACGUUUGAGCUUCAACAUGGCCUCGCUGUGAUAUUUCAAUAUAGCAUGCAUGUUGCUGUCAUUUUUCCCUUCGCCACUACCACCUCUCACCACUGAAACAUCUGAUCACUGGAGAUUCCAUCGUUAGUGCUGAGGCAGUAUGGGAUCACGUCACCAUGGCCAACCGGGAGUUGGCAUUUAAGGCUGGCGACGUCAUCAAAGUCUUGGAUGCUUCCAACAAGGAUUGGUGGUGGGGCCAGAUCGACGAUGAGGAGGGAUGGUUUCCUGCCAGCUUUGUGAGGCUCUGGGUGAACCAGGAGGAUGGGGUGGAGGAAGGGCCCAGUGAUGUGCAGAAUGGGCACCUGGACCCCAACUCAGACUGCCUUUGUCUGGGCCGGCCACUACAGAACCGGGACCAGAUGCGGGCCAAUGUCAUCAAUGAAAUUAUGAGCACGGAACGCCAUUACAUCAAGCACCUCAAGGACAUUUGCGAGGGCUACCUGAAGCAGUGCCGAAAGAGAAGGGACAUGUUCAGUGACGAGCAGCUGAAGGUCAUCUUUGGAAACAUUGAAGACAUCUACAGAUUUCAGAUGGGCUUCGUGAGAGACCUGGAGAAGCAGUACAACAAUGAUGAUCCCCACCUCAGUGAGAUAGGACCCUGCUUCUUAGAGCAUCAAGACGGAUUCUGGAUAUACUCUGAAUAUUGUAACAACCACCUGGAUGCCUGCAUGGAACUCUCCAAGCUGAUGAAGGACAGCCGCUAUCAACACUUCUUUGAGGCCUGCCGCCUCUUGCAGCAGAUGAUCGACAUCGCUAUUGAUGGAUUUCUUUUGACUCCAGUACAGAAGAUCUGCAAAUACCCCUUACAAUUGGCCGAGCUCCUAAAGUAUACUGCCCAAGACCACAGUGAUUACAGAUAUGUCGCAGCUGCUUUGGCUGUCAUGAGAAAUGUGACUCAGCAGAUCAAUGAACGCAAGCGACGUCUGGAAAAUAUUGACAAGAUCGCUCAGUGGCAGGCCUCUGUCCUAGACUGGGAGGGAGAGGACAUCUUAGACAGGAGCUCGGAGCUGAUCUACACUGGAGAGAUGGCCUGGAUCUACCAGCCCUAUGGCCGCAACCAGCAGAGAGUCUUCUUCCUGUUUGACCACCAGAUGGUUCUCUGCAAGAAGGACCUAAUUCGUAGAGACAUCCUAUACUACAAGGGGCGCAUUGACAUGGAUAAAUAUGAGGUAAUUGACAUUGAAGAUGGCAGAGAUGAUGACUUUAAUGUCAGCAUGAAAAAUGCUUUCAAGCUUCAUAACAAGGAAACCGAAGAAGUGCAUCUGUUCUUUGCCAAGAAACUGGAGGAGAAAAUACGUUGGCUUAGAGCUUUCAGAGAAGAGAGGAAAAUGGUACAAGAAGAUGAAAAAAUUGGCUUUGAGAUUUCUGAAAAUCAGAAGAGACAGGCUGCAAUGACUGUGAGAAAAGCCUCUAAACAGAAAGGUGUCAACUCUGCCCGCUCAGUUCCUCCUUCCUACCCACCACCACAGGACCCGUUAAACCAGGGCCAGUACCUGGUACCCGAUGGCAUCGCUCAGUCUCAAGUGUUUGAGUUCACUGAACCGAAACGCAGCCAGUCACCAUUCUGGCAAAACUUCAGUAGGUUAACCCCCUUCAAAAAAUAAUACCUAUAGGAAGGCAGAUAAUUUUAAAAUAAAUAAAAUUAUAUUUA